AUGCAAAAGGCUUCGAAACUUCCGAGUCUUGGACUCCGCCCGAUUUCCACUGAUCGGAGCAAUGAUGCCAAGUCCAUCCAACCGCCCCGUCGAAAUGAUUCUUCACCGGGUACGGCUACUACUGCGUCAGUAUCUUCAAAAGAAAGCUCAGAGAAGCCACAGCUCAAGACCAAUAUUGAAGUGUGUGCUCGCAUUCGUCCCUUGGAAAUUCAAACUGGUUCUGCAGGAUUCUUUGAAGCACCUUCGCAGCGGAGACGAACUCUAUCAAAACUUCCGAAGAAACAAGCUCCAGGGACAAUGUCCAAACAGGGAGAAAUAUGUUGUUGGGAUGUAUCAGAAGAUGGUGAAACAGCAGCACAAUCAGAAAACACCGAAACAGUUACUGGAAGAACUAAUUCUUUCACACUUGACAAAGUUUAUGGCAUGCAAUCUACAACAAGGCAAUUGUACGACAACUCUUGCCACUCGUUGGUAAAGGCAGCAAUGGAAGGUUAUCAUAGUACAGUUUUGGCUUAUGGCCAGACGGCUUCAGGAAAGACACAUACCAUGAGUGGAACCAAAGACUCACCAGGUCUCAUUCCGCUGUGUAUCGAAGAUUGUUUUCGUUAUGUCCGUGAAUGUCAAGAGUCUCGUGAAUACAUGAUUCGAGUAUCCUACUUGGAGGUAUACAAAGAACAUAUUCGUGAUUUGUUGACGGGGAUACCACAACCAAUCCGCAUAUUCGAUGGUCCCAAGGGAUUGAUCAUUCGAGGUUUGAAGGAAGUAGUGGUAUCAUCACCACAAGACGUGUUUGAUGCACUUAAGAGCGGAGAAGGGCGACGGCAGGUUGGAUCAACGCACAUGAAUUCACAAAGUUCACGAUCGCACACUCUUGUACGGCUAUGGAUUGAAAGUACACCGAGUGAUGGUCGAAAGGGAAGCUCGACGAGAGCAUCAUCAUUGUCGCUAGUAGAUUUGGCGGGAAGCGAAUCUGUGAAACUCAAUGGACUGGAACGUCGCGAAGAGGGGCACUACAUCAACAAGUCGUUGAUGACUUUGGGACAAGUUGUUUUGACUCUGAGCGAGGGCAACACGAAAACUCACAUUCCGUUUCGAGAUUCGAAAUUGACCAGAUUGCUACAGCCAAGUCUUUCGGGAAAUGCACAAAUGAUGUUGCUUUGCUGUAUUUCGCCUCAAGUUUCACACCUUGAGGAGUCGCAUAAUACCUUCAAAUUCGCAACUCGGGCCAAGAAGAUCAAGCAAAAGGCAAUAGUGAAUGUAGCAGACGAUGAGAACACACUUUUGCAGAACUAUCGCGAUGAAAUUGCAGAUCUUCGGAAACAGUUGGAGGAAGCAAAACAGCAACAGCGAUUGAUCAAAGAGGUGCCGUUUGAUCACAAGGAAGAGACGGACGAAGAAGUGAAGGAAUUGGUUUCGGCCAUCAAGACUAUGGAACGUCUCAUUCUGAAGAGUCGACCGCACCACACUCCAGUUACUCCUAGAGCAAGAGUUGCAUCUCCUAGAGCAAGUGAGAUGAUGUUGGAUGAUACUCUGGACGAAUUGAAUCUUCAGGAUGACAGUGACGAUGAUUCACAAGUAGCGAUCUUGUCAACAACACCUGGAAACGAAAUGCUCUCCACACCCACAAAAGAUGAAGAAGCACUGAGUAUUGAAUUGGGCCGCAUUCGAGGGCUCCUGGGAACUGUACUGAAGAAAAAGGGAAUUAGCGAAGACGACCCUUAUAUUCAAAAAAGUUUGGAUUUCGCGUCACCGGUGCGAUCACCCGAAAUGGUCCGUGAAGUGGAGCACUUACGGCACCAAUUAGAAGAACAAGAAGCCAACACUAAUCUUCGCAAGGCUGACUCGUCGUUUUUGCAAAGUCAAUUGCGGGAAAAGGACCAGCUACUAGAAGAAGUCUCCAAAGUAUUGGAGCAGGUGGAACUGAGGCAAGCCGAACUAGAACGAGAGAAUGCUGCCCUACGCGCAGAGGCAUUUGCGCUGAAGGCCAAGUUAAGUAGACACGAGACAGACUACGAGUGCGCUAAUGUUUAA